CCGUGUGUCGAACUGCAUGGUCCUCAAAGCAGGAUUCACGGCGUGGAAUGCUCUCUUGGCCUACGUCCUCGGCAGGCAAGAUCUCAUCGAUGGCCAUCAAACUUAUAUGAUGAGCAGAGUCCUGAAGGGCAGCACAGCCAAAUUCUCAUCGAUAAACAGCUCUCCGGAUUUCAUGAAGUUCGUCGUAGUGAGGGAGCCUCUGUCGCGCCUUCUGUCAGCCUACAGAGACAGGAUCGAUGCCGCAUAUGAGACGGGAGCUGCCAAUCGCUUUAUUCCGCUGAUUUUGACCUUCACGAGAGGGAUGGGGUACAAACAAACCUACGACAACGGUACCAAGGUCAUGCCUUCCUUCGAGGAAUUUCUAAGGUACAUCGCCUCCGUGGCCCCCGAAUCGCACGACCCGCACUGGAGACCAAUAACCUUGCAGUGCGGCGCUUGUUACGUUAACUACACACUCAUAGCCCACGCCGAAACCCUCAAUGAAGACUUAGGCUAUAUUCUCAGAGAAACGGGGAUGGAGAAGGACGCCGACUACACCAUCCUCCUGUACAAUUCGCACAAGGGCAGAGGCAACACGAGCGACCUUCUGGAGAACUACUACAGCACCGUCGGUCCUCCACUUAUGCGGAAAAUCCUUGCGAUCUACAGGAAGGAUUUUACAAUGUUUGGUUACGAUCCCUCGGACUUCUUGAAGAUGAUGUACCCAGACGGCAGCGUGGUGUGGAACCCUUAGGUCUGAGCGCCCCUUUCGCUAGACGUAAUAGAGUAAGGACUGGGGCGUGACACUUCUAAAACUGUAGGGUUUUAACAUCAUUCGGUGUCCAGUGUGAAGUUGUGAAGCAAUCAUGAAGUGAUAGUCAGUUUUAUAUUAUUUUUCCUUCGUACGGUUUUGUCUACCAUUAAUCCUUAUAAAUACUUUUAUCAUUCUUCAUCGUGUUGUAUUCCCAGAGUGUGUUAUGAGAUGUAUUCCGAAACCUCACGUUCUUCACUUGCUUCAAUGCUAUACGUUGUUAGUCGAGUGUUACUUUAACAAAGGUUAUUGCAGCAAAAAAUCCAAGUAAAUGUCGCAUUCAAGACCUACAGUUUGAAAUAAAUAUCGGUCUUUUGCUGCUAUGAUAUUUCAAAAACAAAUGUAGAAAAAUUGUGAAUGAGUGGAAAAUGACUAAACGAUACAAGACGUGUAAUUAACGAACGAACGACCGCAUGCAAAAGCGUUUGCGUGUCCUCAUACGCACAGUCGCACACGCACAUACACAUACACAUACACAUAC